AUGACUGCCCUGCACGGCAGAUGGAAGGACUUGGAGAGCAGCAACAUCUACGUCGUGACGAACCCUGAUUCAGACAACCCGUACGUGCAGCUCUUGACCGUCGUGAACAAUCCUGCAAAGGAUGACCGGCGCGACUUCGAGAUCCGACCUGGUGAGAACGGGGGCACACAAAUGAUCCCCAUGAUGCACAAAGACACCCUGGGAAUGGAGACCAUCUAUGAUCUCUACAUCGACUACUCAGUCCCGGGUCGAAUCAUUUGGUACAGCCCCACCACAGGGAGACGGCGCACCUGGCAGUUCAUGCUACAGGUAUGGAACACCACGCUGGUGCAGCUGAUGGGGGAAGUUGAAGGCGAUGUCCUGCGGCUCAUCAUGCGGAAGCUCACAGGCGAGGAGAUUUCGAGGCUUCUUCUGCACCGAAGCAUGAGCUGGAAGGAUGCCAGGAAGCUCAUGGUUCCGGGCCUCCGACCGCUCCUCUCCAAGAAGCUGGCCUUCGUGUCGCCCCCAGGAGAGGUCCUAACGCCCGCGCAGAACGAGCGGCCACUCAGUGAGCUGCUGGGAUGUGCGCAAUGUGCGCCAGAGCCAGAUGAGGCGUGGAGGCGCUUCCAGUAA